AUGCAAUGUUCCUGGAAGGCUGUGAUUCUCCUCGGCCUGGCGUCCAUCGCGAUCCAGUACACGGCGAUCAGGACGUUCACAUCUGAGCCCUUUCAGAUCUGCCCCGUGCCCAGCUUGGUAAACUGCAGCCUGGCUCAGGAAACGGAGACUUUUGACCGGUUUUGCGAUGACUUCCCUUAUUUCCCGUACAAUGCCUCCAGAGCGAAGACUCACAUUCUGAUUCUGGCCACAACUCGCAGCGGCUCGUCUUUCGCCGGCCAGCUCUUCAACCAGCACACGGACGUGUUCUAUUUAUUCGAGCCACUCUAUCACGUCCAGAACGCCCUGCUUCCUCACCUCACUCACAGCAGGUACGCGAUAGACCGCAGGGUGAUGCUUGGAGCAAGUCGCGACCUUUUGCGCAGCUUAUACCACUGCGACCUGUAUUUCUUAGAGAGCUACAUCAAACCUCUGCCUGCAAAUCACACCACGGAUAAGCUUUUCCGGCGAGGAGCGAGUCGUGCGCUUUGCCUGCCGCCCGCCUGUGACGCCUUCAACCUCAAUGAGGUGACUAUAGAGGAGGGGGAUUGUGUGAGGAAGUGCACCCUCCUCAACCUGACCCUGGCGGCCGAGUCUUGCCGAGAAAGACGACAUGUGGCGAUCAAGACGGUGCGAAUCCCUGAAGUAGGCGAUCUCCGAGCUCUAGUGGAGGAUCCACGGCUCAACCUUAAGGUCGUCCAUCUGGUUAGGGACCCACGAGGCAUCUUGGCAUCGAGGAUCGAGACUUUUAGAGACACCUAUCGCCUCUGGAGGAUCUGGAGGGCCACCGGGCGCAAACCGUACAACCUCGACCUGAGCCAGAUCACCACAGUGUGUGACGACAUCUUGCAUUCCAUCAACACGGGCUCCGAGCGUCCAGCAUGGCUUCGUGGCCGCUACAUGUUGGUGCGCUACGAGGAUUUAGCGCGGCGGCCCCUCCAAAAGACCCGCGAGAUCUACGACUUCCUUGGAUUGACCAUAGAUAAAGGAGUGGAGGAGUGGAUUCGAAAUAACACCAGGGGAAGCAACGACAGUAUGGCGAAGCAUAAAUACGGUACUCUGAGGGACUCGGCCGCCAACGCCGAGAGCUGGAGGCUCAAGCUCUCGCACGACAUAGUCGAAUACACACAGACGGUGUGUCAGCAGGUUUUAGAGGAGCUGGGCUACAGAGUUGUGAACUCGCCCGAGGAGCUCAAGAACUUGUCCCUUUCAUUGAUUGAAGACAAGACCUUUGCACCUUUUUUGUAGCGAGCGAUCACGACUACAACUAUUUUUCUACACUUCAACUGUUGCCUUAAAUUCGACACGUUUUGCACUAUGGACUUGGCUAGCAGUCACACAGUACGAACAGCACAAAAACAAACAAAAACCAAAAGAUUCACUUCAGCCUGGAGUCGACUUGAGGAAGAAAAUGCCAGACGCGCUCAUUAUGUUUUUGUCUCUAUGAAGUCCCUGUAUUCAACCCAUUGCUUUGUUAAAGGUGAAUGUUUGUGGAUGGAGAACACAGAAACACAUCCAUGUGCUAAACACAGAGGUCUGAAAUGGUAACACCAUGCAAUAAACCUGUGAAUGUUGCAGUCUCAUUUUCUCAGCAUUUCCUCACUUACUACUCUCUCAAAAUAUAACACCAAAGUUCACUUUACUGUAU